UCCGGAUUCUACCUUUACUGGCAUGCUCUACCAGAUUUUGAUGGAAUCAGUGAACAAUCCCACUGUGGCUGAGGUUAUAAGUUGGGUCCCGGGUGAUGACUACCUUUUUGAAAUUAAGGACAGUGUGCAACUUGCUCAUGCUUACUUUCAAAUCGAGGAGAUGAACCAGUUACAUGAUCUGUGGAUGAGCAAUGGUUUUGUGGCACAUGGUAAAUCUGUGUGGAGGCAUCAAAGUGACAACUUUCGUUUGGGUAGGCCUGACUUGCUAGAAGAGAUUCCAGCACCGGCCACUAAUGGAGAAGGAGCAAGUUGUGCAGCUGAGAAGGGGAAGGAAUUGUUAGAACAUGAGAAGAUUGAGGAAUUGGUGUGCAGAUGACAAUUGUUUAUUGUGCAUAGUUGACUUGUGCAGAGGUCAGGAAGGGAACUAAGAAAUCCAUUCGGCUGAAUACUAAUUGCUUC